AUGGAAGCAGUGAUAUAAAUAAUGGGCUUAAGGAUUAGGUAUUCUUCUUUUUCGACAUCUUAAGCUCUCUGCGCUCUGCACUCUUGCCUCGGUGCAUAUCUACGUAUCUUUUUGAUAUAGUCCACGAGAUUGUGAUAGAGAGAUCAAUAUGUCUCAACUACGCCCUGAGUCUCUUGACUCAUCGACAAAGCAAGUUUGCGACGUGGAAAAACAAGGAGAGCGCGGCCUCCCACAGGAUGAGUUUCAGAGCAAGCAAUCUGCGUUCAAAGAUCUCGCUCUACUUGACCGCUUCCUUGCUGUAUGGAUUUUUCUCGCAAUGGCUAUCGGCAUUAUAUUGGGAAAUUUUGUCCCCAAUACCGGGCCUGCGUUACAGAAAGGGAAGUUUGUAGGGGUUUCGGUUCCAAUCGGUGAGUACUUAUAGAAGCUCUAGGCGAGAAACGAUAGAUGUACUAACUCGUGUCUAACAGCCGUCGGCCUUCUUGUCAUGAUGUAUCCCAUUCUUUGCAAAGUUCGAUAUGAGGGUCUGCAUCAUGUAUUCCGUACACGACAGAUAUGGACGCAGAUUGCCUUUAGCAUAUUCGUCAACUGGAUCAUAGCUCCAUUCUUUAUGCUGGCGUUGGCCUGGGCAUUUCUUCCCGAUGAACCAGAGCUAAGAGAGGGUCUGGUUCUUGUUGGAGUAGCUCGAUGUAUUGCUAUGGUCUUGAUCUGGACCGGAUUAGCAGGAGGCGACAACGAAUAUUGCGCCAUUCUCGUCGCCAUCAACUCAAUCCUUCAGAUGGUUCUCUUCGCUCCUCUCGCCGUUUUCUUUAUUGAAGUAAUCAGCCAGGAUCCUAUCGACUUUGAUUACGGGAUUGCCGCUAAAAGCGUCGCUGUUUUCCUUGGGAUCCCUCUAGGUGCCGCAAUAGUAACCCGUUUCACCCUCCGACGGCUUACGACCGCAAGAUGGUAUGAUGAAGUCUUUAUCAGAUGGGUAAGCCCGUUGUCAUUGAUUGGCCUGCUAUUUACGAUCUUGGUGCUUUUCGCUUCCCAGGGACGCCAGGUGGUACAUCAGAUUGUGUCUGUCGUCCGAGUUGCAGCACCCCUUAUUGUUUAUUUCACUGUUAUCUUCUUCACUACCCUCUAUAUCACAUAUAAGCUCGGAUUUGGGUACAAGCUGGCAGCCACCCAGAGCUUUACCGCGGCUAGCAAUAACUUCGAACUCGCUAUUGCCGUUGCCGUUGCAACUUUUGGAGCAGAUAGCAAUCAAGCUCUCGCAGCAACUGUGGGUCCAUUGAUUGAGGUCCCAGUGCUGUUAGGGCUUGUUUAUGGAGUGAAAUUUCUGGCGAAACGAGUGGGUUGGAAGGAUUAACUUUGGAACAUCUUUAUGAAGAAUAUAUGUAAUGGCAUAAUGGAAAUAGAGCUGAUUUCAUAAUGAGAAUCUCAGGUUAAGGCACUUCAGUUUU